GACGGUCCGCUUCCAAGUCGUGGUUCCCCCCGUUUUCUCCGCCCCUUCUGUCGCCGGCGUCCGUCGCCCGGCGUCGAUGGCGAUCCCCCGGGAGCGGAGGCUUCCGCCGCCCGCGUUCCGGAUGGAGAACCCCUUCAGCGUAAAGGUGCUGCAGGUCUUCACCGGAUUCGGCGUUGGAUGUGGCGUCGGCAUCGGCGUCGGCCGACCCAUCUACCUAGGUAUGAUACCUGGGCUUCAGCAAGUUAUGAGUGCUACAAGAGGCGCAACAGAUGCCUUUUCUGGUGUCACAAGGCAUGUCAAUUCUGCGCUGAGGACGUCCGGGUUAAAGAACAUUGAAGCGGGAAUUGGCUGUGGAGUUGGUAUAGGCCAUGGUUUUGGAAUAGGAAUUGCACUGAAGCCACGAGUACUUCAUGGAAUUCAGUCAUCUGUUGGGGAAAUUAUGUCUAAAUUGAUGUCAAAGCUGAAGGAUACCCCUGAUAUGCCGUCUACAUCAAAUCCUAUAGCUCGUUCUUUGUCUAGCAAUCAACAAACUCACAGUGGCAUGCCCACGGAUCUAGAGGCUAAGACUGCAGAAAGUAAUUUGAAGCACACUCCAAGUUAUGAAAUGUCAAGAGUACUACAGCCUACUGAGCCAGAAGCAUUAACUGGGAGUCGAACUGAAAAGGUCAUUGCCAAUUUUCUACAGAAUCCACUGUUCCAGAAUGAUACAAAGAUGGACUACAGAGAUGCACCUGGUAAUUUACAAGGAAUGGAUAAUGUACUCCAGUUGGUACUGAAGCACCAAAGGGUUAUUGAAGAAUUGCGGGAGGAAAAUGAAAAUCUGCGUCAGAUACUUGUAGAGGAACUUAAGGUUUCACCAACCAAAUUACAAAUAGAUCGGAAAAAUGGAGUGAAGGCCUACUAUCCGUGUUCGGACUGCUUUGAAUGCCGCCGCAGAAGUCGGAAAACAACAAGAUAGCAGUAGGAAUUGCUUGUGUAGUUUAGCACAAUUUUGGUAGUUUAUUCAGUAGCCGACCAUUUGGGUAGAACCCCAUGUCCAAAUAUCCUCUUUGAGAAAUUGCAGGUCAACUCUGAUUGUUCAAUACAGUGGUCAUCAGCUGUUCAUCUGCAUCAUUUGUUUCA